GAAAUGUUUCCCAUCUCCUCUUCUUCACUGAGCUCAACAGCAGCCAUCAGCUCUCGCUUUCCAACAGGAGACAGGGAAAACAACACAGACAUGGAGAUAGACACUCUUCUGGAGGCUCUCAAAGAUUUUGACAAGAAGGUGAAGAAGGAAGCGUCUACAGUUUUGGACCAGUUUUUGUGCCAUAUUGCAAAGACUGGGGAAACCCUGGUGUCCUGGUCUCAAUUUAAAACCUACUUCGUAUUUAAACUGGAAAAAGUAAUGGAGGAUUUCCAUGCAUCGGCUCCAGAGCAACGAGGGCCUGCCAACCCUAACGUGGAGUCAAUUCCCUUUGAAGAAAUGAAGGAGCGAAUCCUAAAGAUUGUCAAUGAAUACAAUGGGAUCCCAUUUACUAUCCAGCGCUUGUGCGAGCUGCUUACUGAACCUAAGAGGAACUACACAGGAACUGAGAAGUUUCUCAGAGGAGUAGAGAAGAAUGUGAUGGUGGUCAGUUGUAUUUAUCCAACAUCUGAGAAAAAUGGCUGCAGUGGUGUCAACAGAAUGAAUGGAGUCAUGUUGUCUGGAAACACAUCUGCAUUUACAGAGAGGAAAGUGAACGGUCCAGGAACACCCAGACCAUUAAACAGACAGAAACACUCCAUGUCCAGUUCGCUGGCCACAAAUGGCCUUCCGGACAGUACUGAAAACAAAGACACAAACACACCCCAGGGACACAGCAAAACGACCAGUGAUGCAUCUGCGUCAGGCAUUGGUGGACCACUUGGCAGCUCUGUAAAAAACAAACACUUGGAUGACGAGGAAGAUGAGGGAAUGGAGGAGGAGGAACACGAAGUUAAAAGACUCAAAUUCAGCCAGGAUGGCAACGAAGAUGAGGAGGACGAAGAUGAUGUGGACGAGCAGGUUGUGGAGACCCCCAGAUCCACACUGAGCAAAAGCCCCUCAGAUAAGUCAGAGGACCCUGAAUCACCGUCAUCCAUGUUGCAGGAAGGGAGUGAAGAAGAAGAGGAGGAAAGUAAACAUGAAGGCUCGGCUGAAAACUCUGAAGACCAAGAGCCUUCCAGCACACAACCCGAGUGUCCUGUGGCAGAUUCCAGAGAGACGUUUACAGAGAGAGAGGUUCCCUGUGGUUCAGAUGACUCUUCAGAAGAGCCCAGCGAUAUGGACCAAUCAGAGCAGAGAGCACCAGCAGGCGUGGCCUCGAGCCCUGAGCUGAGAGAAGGAGAGGAGCCAAGUGAGGUCAGCAGCAGUAGCACUGACGACAAUGCCUCUGGACCCACAUCCAGCAGCAGUAGCAUAGACUCUCCAACAGAGGGCGACACUGGGUCAGGGGCACUGGACUUGGAGAGCGCAGAGGAGCCCAUGGAGCAAGACUAAGAGCCUGCACACUCCUACCCCAAACAACAAUGUGCUUUUGUGGAGAUUAAGACGACACACACACUCAAGUGGCCUUCCACAAAGGUCAUCCCAAGCAACACCCAACCUACCGCCAUGCGCCUUUCUGGUCGAGAGUCCACCUAACUUCUCCAAACUUCCCAAACGGACACUUUAUGCAGAUGUACAUAUGAUUUUAUUGCUGAAGUGAAGGUUUUAAGCUGUCUAAAUUUCUUUCCUUAAUUUGACGUCAUGGGGUUUUUGCCAAUCUGUUUCAUCAUAGGGACUCAAGUUUUUUAGGUGUCUUACUGUCAUCAGCUAAUUGCAUAAAUAUCCAUGGUUAAAUACAAGUUUGUAAGAAGUCUCUUCCCCCUGCAAACCUUUAGUUUUAUUUAACCUGGACUUUUUCUUUUAAUAUUUUAGUCUUGGUUCAAAAGGUCUAAUCUAUCCAGUCUUGUUCUAAAACGAGGACGUGUCUCCUUUGUGUAUUAAUAUUUUAGGCACACAGUGUCAAGCAUCAGGCCAGUGGAGUUUACCGCCUGAAGACGCAUAAACUGGCCACUGUUCAAGUUACGUUCCAAGCAAAUACAAGCCAUAGCAAUCUUUUGUUCUGUGAAAUGAUUCGAGCCUAGCGUAACACUUCUUUCCUUCUGCUCGUUUGUGUGUAACUGACGGGAUGUAAACUUUCUUCGCUUUAGUGUAAUCAUGCGGUCUUUCCGCUGCAUUGAAAGUGAGUGGUUUAUGUCAGGUACAUUUACCUCUUGUUCAGACUGAUUUGAUGAUUCGCAUUAAUUUAUAACAGCAUUUCAAUCUCCUAUUUUAUGAGAAGUUGUUUUCGUUGUUCCGGCGGGUGGUUAUUGACCGCUCCGACUAGCUCAGUGUCAUUCCUGACAGUCCUACCCCGAGUUGUCCCACCGAGAACAGCUGGCUGCAUGUUUUGCAGCCGUGCGUUUUUUGAUAUUUAGAAUUUUUAAAUUUCUGUAAACUAGUGUUUUGUAGAGCGUUGUGUUCACUGCCUUUUGUGCAUCCAUAUAUAAUUGUAUGAUUUUUUUUUGUGUAUUUACUGAAUGCGUGUGGUUUCAAUACAGUAUUCAGAUGAAGCAAUAAAUGUUAUUGUUUUAAUG